AUGAGCUGGGACCUGGUCGACCAUUUCAAGCUCGAUGCGCAGAUCCACGCCGACCACACCGUCCACGUGGAGCGGGUGUCGGAUCCCGCCCGGGGCGUGCGGACGGUCGAGGUCCAGAAGAGAUGGGACAGGCUAAGACACAUCGGCCACGGGGCGUUUGGCGAGGUCUGGCUCGAGACGUGCACGGAGCACGAUCAGCACAAUCAGCAGCAGGUGAGGGCGGUCAAGAGGAUCCAGAAGCGCCGCAUGGAGUCGGUCAACAUUGACUACAGGAGAGAACUGUUGGCGCUGGCGAAGGUUUCUAGGCGUCAAGAUCUGUUUGUGACGCUCCAUGGAUGGUACGAGGACGACGACUGCGUCUUUCUCGCCAUGGAAUACCUCCCCCACGGUGACUUGACAGACUAUAUUGCUCGAGGCAUCACCGAGGACGGCGCAAGGACCAUCUGCGAACAAUUACUCGAGGGCUUAGGCUUCAUGCACGGCAUUGGAUUCACCCACCGCGAUCUAAAGCCUCAGAACAUUUUCGUGGUGGCCAAGGCGCCUCAAUGGUGGGUCAAGAUCGGCGACUUUGGCAUCUCCAAGCGCGUCGCCUCCGACCAGACGGCACUCCGGACGCAAGUCGGAACAGAACUCUUUCAAGCUCCCGAGGUAUUGGGUUACGUGGAAGAGGCCGAAGAGACGUCCGAAUACACUAACGCCGUCGACAUCUGGUCCCUAGGUUGUGUCGUAUACUAUAUGCUCUCCCAGGUAAUCCCUUUCGCCGGGCGUUAUGCUCUGAACAGGUAUUGCUCCGGCAGAGGUCCGUUUCCGGCCGACGCCCUCCGCAAAAGGGAAGUGAGUGACGAGGGCAUCCUGUUUGUCCAGGAGCUCUUGAACCCUCAUCCGUCGCAACGUCUGGCCGCGGGACCUGCUUCCCAACAUGCCUGGUUCCAAGCGUCGCUGCCGGCGGAGGUCACGAACGGUAAGGCGCGAGGGGACGAUCACGAGGUGUACACCGUAACAACGGCGCUGCAAGAAACUUGCUUGACCACAAGACAACCUUCAGCUCCGGAAACGCAAAUACGCAUUGUGCCGCACCCCGCAAAACAGGACGAAGCAGAGCGGGCUCCCCGUCGAGAAGACGUACCCCAGCCUUCCGUGGAGGCGGUGGAGGAAGGAUGGCUUCGUGUUGAGCCUGGCUACGAGGAAACGGCUACCGAUGUAGAGGUCACGGCUGAAGCGGAACUUGAGAACCGUGUCCCAGGAGACACCGCAUUGGUGCCAGAAGCUGUCGACCGUAUCGCAUCUGCUGCCAGUCCAGGAGAUCACAACUUGGACGAGCAACGGAAUCAGGAGGAAGCAAGCCCUGAAACCUUCCAAGCUUGGGAGGCGAAGCUGGACGAGGCUGAAGAGGCACUGGCCCGAGCCAGAGCUGGGACGGAAGAGGACGAAACACUGAUCGAAAUUGAACAGAGGCUAGCUAGCGCAAGGGCUCUGUUGAAUGAGAGCAAAAAGAGAGCCGCGGCGGCAGCUCCGGCUCCGCCGCCAGAAGUGUUGGCUCCUGUGCGGUUCCAUGAUGCGAUUGGGCGCAUAUAUGCCUUUCCUUUCGAAAGGUGCCGUAGGUGGAAGGACAUGGAAGCUCUGAUCGUCUCGGCCUUUUCGAUGAUCGAGCCCAUCGAAGAACAUAUCGCGGCGGGAAAAUACGACCUAGUUGGAGAUCUUGGCGUGAUCAUUAUGCCUGACUACUGGGAAUCGACCAUCAAGCCCGGCAUGCACAUCUCAAUGCGCAUGUAG